AUGCCAGUCAAAUCGAGGUUUACACGGCUCGAUGCCUUCACCAAGACGGUCGAGGAUGCCCGAAUCCGAACCACGUCGGGCGGGAUUGUCACGAUCGCGUCCAUCCUCAUCAUCUUCUACCUGAUCCUCGCCGAAUGGACGGACUACCGAAGGAUAGUGGUGCAGCCGGAGUUGGUGGUGGACAAAGGACGAGGCGAGAAGAUGGAAAUCCACCUCAACAUCACCUUCCCCCGAAUCCCUUGCGAACUGCUCACGCUCGACGUUAUGGACGUGUCCGGCGAACAACAGACGGGCGUGGUGCACGGCGUCAACAAAGUACGACUGACUUCGCCCGCUGAAGGCUCGCGAAUUAUCGACACCCAAGCGCUGCAACUACACCAGCAAGACUCGGCGUCGCAUCUGGACCCCGACUACUGCGGUUCGUGCUACUCAGCACCGGCGCCCCCGACCGCCCAGAAGCCGGGAUGCUGCAACACAUGCGACGAGGUGCGCGAAGCAUACGCCACCAACAGCUGGGCGUUCGGACGCGGCGAGGGCGUCGAGCAAUGCGAGCGCGAAGGGUACGGGGAGCGGCUCGACGAACAGCGCUCGGAGGGCUGUCGCAUCGAAGGCGUGCUCCGCGUCAACAAGGUCGUGGGCAACUUCCACAUCGCCCCCGGCCGCAGUUUCAGCAACGGCAACAUGCACGUGCACGAUCUGAACAAUUACUUCGACACCCCGGUUGAAGGAGGCCACACCUUCACCCAUGAAAUCCAUUCCCUGCGCUUUGGACCGCAGCUGUCCGACGACAAGGCCACAGACACGAAGUGGAGCGACCACCAUCAUUCGAACCCGCUGGACGGCCAUCGCCAGGAGACAGACGAGCCGGGCUACAACUUCAUGUACUUCAUCAAAGUCGUCUCCACGUCCUACUUGCCCCUCGGCUGGGACGAGGAUCAAUCCGUCACCAAGCAUUCCAGUCUCAGCGAUCUCAUCCCGCUGGGCAUGCAUGGUAAGGGGGCUGGCAGCCACGGCUCCAUCGAGACGCAUCAGUACUCGGUCACGUCGCAUAAGAGGUCGCUGGGUGGUGGCACGGAUGCCGCCGAGGGCCACAAGGAAAGGCUGCAUGCCCACGGCGGCAUUCCUGGCGUCUUCUUCUCUUACGAUAUUAGUCCCAUGAAGGUCAUCAAUCGCGAGGUCCGCCCAAAGUCCUUUGCUAACUUCCUGACGGGCGUCUGUGCCAGUAUUGGUGGGACUUUGACUGUUGCCGCGGCUAUUGAUCGUGGACUAUACGAGGGGAGCACUAGGCUUAAAAAAGCUCACCAGGGUUGA